CUAACUCGUGUUUAGCUCAGCUUACUGUUCGCCACAUGAUGUCUUUAGCUCUGUAGCUUCUACUAUCUGACAGUUCUAGUAUUUAUACCUACAGUUCAGCAACUGGCCCUUGAGUGCAAGCAUUUGAACGGCUUCUAUCGCAUUUCUCUUUGCUUCAUACAGUCGUGUUAUUGGAUUUUAUUUCUGAAGAUUUUCUAGUGUUUGAAAUAAAGUGGACUGGGAUAUGAAACCUUUAAUUCUUCAAGGCCAUGAGCGUGCAAUCACUCAAAUUAAAUAUAACAGAGAAGGAGAUUUAUUAUUCACAGCAGCAAAAGAUGCUUCACCUAACGUCUGGUUCACAAUAAAUGGUGAAAGGUUAGGAUCAUAUGAUGGUCAUCGAGGUACAGUCUGGGCAGUUGAUGUGAACUGGGAUUCAACCAGAGUCCUAACUGGAGCUGCUGACCAGUCGUGUAAAUUAUGGGAUUGUGAAACAGGUGUCUGUGUGAACACAUAUCAAACCAAAUCAUCAUGCAGAAGCGCAAAUUUCAGUUAUUGUGGAAAUCUUGUUGCAUAUACAACAGAUAGACAGAUGAAGCAUGAACCUAUGGUAUCAGUGCAUGAUAUCAGGCAACCAGCUGAUGCAGAACCUACACUACAAUUCACAAUGGAUACCAAAUCAAUAUCAAAACCUAUGUGUUCAUUAUGGGGACCUCUGGAUGAAUAUAUUAUAACGGGACAUGAUGAUGGAACAUUGGCUCAUUGGGAUAUCAAAACUGGCGAGCAGCUUCAUUCAAUCAAGGAACACACAGCAUUGAUAAAAGACAUGCAGUUCAACACUGACCAGACUAUGUUGAUUACAGCAAGCAAAGAUAAAACUGCCAAACUCUUCGACACAGCAAGUCUACGACCACUAAAGACAUUCAAGACAGACCGACCUGUAAACUCAGCAGCUAUUUCUCCUGUUGCUUUACACGUUGUGCUUGGAGGUGGUCAAGAAGCAAUGGAGGUCACAACAACAAGUACAAGAGUUGGAAAGUUUGAUGCCAGAUUCUUUCAUAUGGUUAUUGAAGAAGAAUUUGGCAGGGUCAAAGGUCAUUUCGGUCCUAUUAACAGUCUGGCAUUCCAUCCAGAUGGUAAAAGUUAUUCCAGUGGAGCUGAAGAUGGAUUUGUCAGAAUGCAGAAAUUUGAUCAAAAUUAUUUCGAUUAUCAAAUAGAAUGUUAACAACAAACUUAUGUAUAAAAUUUUUGCUUGCUUUUGCUCAGCACUAUAUUUUACCGCCUAUUUUGAGAUGGUGGGGGAAGAAGUUCCGGAGAAAGAGACAAUGUUGCCCAACUUCUGAAAUUAUUGCUACUGUAUGUUUUUGAAAAUAAAAUUAUGGACGUGGUGGUGGCCUUCA